UAUUUGAAUAAUUUGAUUGAAGGUUGUAGUAGUGAUGAUGGACACUCAGCUUCUCUGCUUUAACCGCACCAACGUUUUUCUUAAACCUUUGCAGAAUUCUCGUUUUCUAUUCUUCGGUGCUCUUCGAAACACUCAAUUCUCUCCUUCAGGUUUAAGUUGUAAUAGAAUAAGGUGUUCGAUGAAGUCUUAUAGAUUAUCAGAGCUAAGUAAUGCCGAGGUCCAAAACUUGAAGGCUCGACCUCGUAUUGAUUUCUUGUCUAUUUUCAGCACGGUCCAUCCA